AUGUACUGGCACAAGCAGAAGGCAGUGUCCGCUACACAACUGCUGCCAACUUAUCCUCCUACGUUACCGAAUGCUAUAUACACUGACAUCUACUUUGAAGCUACUCAAAGGAGUCGCCUUCUCUGUGAUUUGUCGUACGAGUUCCUGUCUAAACUGGCAAAGAAAAUGCACACUGUAUUGUAUAUCCCCGGUGACGCCGUCAUCAAGAGGUCCUCUAAAAAGUCUACUAUGAUAUUUAUUGCCUACGGAGACGUCCAAAUGUUAUCAGCAGAAGACGACAUGACCGCAGUGUUGAGGAUGACUCGCGGUACUACGUUGGCCGGAUGUGCGGGUGGUGUACCGGUGGCGUGCUCGCGCGCAUACUGCGAGAUCCGCGCCGCCACCUUCUGCAUCACGCACGUACUCAGCACACGAGACCUGUGGCACGAGGUCCUCAAACAUGUGCGCUACCAGAGCCAAGCUUUUGUCAUUCUAUCCUCUUUAUAUGAACAUCUCGAUAGAGUAAAGGGACAUUAUUUACUGAAAAUGCCUGAACAAGUGAAGCAUAAGAGCAGCAUCUUGCACUUCAAACGCAACCUCAUGGCAUUGAAAGAAGCGACAGACGACGAAGGCAAUCAGCUCCUUCGGCGAAGAGACACUUUCUUAGAAAUUGCCGGCACUUACAUCAUGAGGAAUACACAUCCUUAUUAUCUGGUAUUCAAGAAGGAAGUACCCGUUGAAUUCAGAUUCUUCGAUUAUGUAGUGACGAUGCUGUACAUUCUAGACUUAAUCGUACAUCUUUCUACUGGCGCCAACGUUGAAGAAGGAGUACCGAUAACGUUCGUCCAGACGUCGUCACUUCAGAUGCGCAGCCACUGGUUCGCGCUGGACGUCUUAGGGACCUUGCCUAUCUUCGAGUUCGUGUACAGCGGACACUUUGCUGGCAUCAACAAACUGUUGCGACUUCCUAAGUUAUUCCGAUUGUUGAAGUCUUUGGAGGAGAUCUGCGUGUAUCACAGCCAUGUAUUGCGCUUUUUAUAUUACACACUGUUGUUACUGAUAGCGUGUUAUCUUAUUGCUGCAUUGCAGCAGGGUUUCAUGUGUUUCCAAUUUGACUACUGUUUGGUGAACAACUUCACACAUUCACCGUACUGGGUUAACGAACCCUUGGACGAAGACACUAUCGACCGUCGGCUCAUGUUCGGCCUCUACUGGGCGAUCAACAUGAUUACAUUCACAUAGGCAUGUUACAGGGAGGAUUACGAUUCGUGUAUCGGUAACGUGAAGGAUUUCCUAGUGAAUAAUUCGGUGGAUUCACAACUGAGACGACGAUUCAUCACUUACUUGGAGCUCUGCUGGUACACCGAUAAAGUUAAGCGUUUUGUUUCUAAAGAGAAGCCUUUCCUUCUGAAAAGCCAUAUAAAUAUUUUACUUACAUCGGCAUUUGCUAUGACGAACAAGAAGAGUUCUAUAUUCCACGACCUACCUCCUCAUGUGUACCAGGAGAUAGUUAUGCGCCAACGCAGCAAGUACUUGCUCUCUAUCCCUUUUAUGAAAUUACUGAACAAGGAAGACCUGAAAACUGUAUCCACUAAAGCGAAAUUAUUCUACACGUCACCCAAUGAGAUUCUGCUCAACACCGGGGACAUUAGCAAUGAGAUGUACGUCAUCAAGCGCGGGAUUUGUGAGGAGUAUUCUCGUCUUCUGAAUGCUCGCGAAUCCUUCCAGUCGUACGAGCAAGAAGCGCCAGCGCCGAAUACAGAGCGGUUUCGUCUCCCGCGUAAGCACGAAGUAGACUACGCAUUUCUGCAACCUUUCAGAAGACUUGGAUUUUUCUCUAUACUCAGAUACGUGUUUCCCCGGUUCACUAUUCGUCCGGACGGCACGUACCUGAUGCGGUACGAGUGGUUCCGUGUCGCGUGCGCGCUGCUCUCCGCGAUGGUGUUCCCCAGCUACACGUACCUGCAGCUGCAGUGGCCCGGACUGCACGUUGUAGCGCUGCUGCUCGACUUCGCCGCUUAUUUCGACAUGUUCGAUAUACCAUAAAUUUUCUUUAUCUCAAUGCUAUACUCGAAAAUAUUCUGAAAAAUGCUUUAAAAAAAUAACCAGGCCAAGGUACUCUGAGAUGGGAUUCGAACCCACGAGCUUUCGCAAUCCGGACGACUGCUCUAACCACUCAGCUACACAGGAUCAACAGGACUGGUGAUUUUUUAAUGCACAUGUUACUUUACGCUUCUAAUGAGCACAUUCUUAUCAAUAUUCAGGCCAACCACCAAAAGAGAGGGUCCUGGAUAGCUCAGCGGUUAGAACAGUCGCCCGGAAUGCAAAAACUCAUGGGUCGAGUCGCAUCUACUGGGGCUAGUGGAUUUUUAAGUAUUUUAUUAAGAAUAUAAUGAUCCUUCUUUUUUAUCAUUUGAUACUCAACUUGUAUGAUUUGAUAAUUAA